AAAACCUGUUGCGGGGAUGUUAUUUGAUCGCGACUGACAUUGGAAAUCAACAUGUGUGCUAAACUGUUUGACUAGUGAUUGGAUUUUAGUGCAUUUAAAUUUCUAAAUUCAUUAAAAUGGGAUUUAUUUUUUCUAAUAAAUAUCAUAUAACAUGUAAGAACUUGCGAGAAUAAAUCAUGUAGAAAAAGUCUAAGAAAGUGCAUGAAUUUUCAAAGAUUUCAAAUCUCGACGGAGCAUACGUCAUUCAUAGAAGACCAUGUCUAGAAGGGAAAUCCCAUGUGUUUGCGAACGGAGAAGUGUUUUACGAGGAAAACAAAACAAAGUUACUGUAAAGUAUAUCACCCUGAUGCCGGCUUAAUGUCGACCAUUGUGUACAACUCCGCUUACAACUAUAAUCAAUUAUGUACGAGAAGGUCGCGGAGCCGGAAGUUCAAUUUAAACAUGUACUGGUAUAGGAACCUGUACCGCCGACAACGGCAACUUGAACACUACUGGACCCUAUACCAUAAUCCAUUAGAAGAUAUGGAAACUCCAUUUCUGAGCUUCUCAAAUCCUAACUACCAAUUCAACAGCCACCAAAAAAGCAACAAGAAGAACCAGUCUGUUAACAAUCUUAGUGACAGUGAAGACAUCAACAUCAUGUCGUUAGUCACGGAAAAACAAGAAAAGUCGAAACUUCUCAACGGGGGACUUCAGUCACAGAACUCGAUAGAGGAUGAUGAAAAUGCUUCCAUUAAAAGUGAUGAGAUUGUUUCCGACGAGGAAAAUGACAUUGUCGACGCUGAUACAAAACUUGUUACUCAAGACAACGAUGAUGAAAAGUUGGAUAAUACGGAAUGUGUGAAUAUGACGUACGGUGAAAAGCCAAAGGGAAUUUUGGCAUAUAUUUCUCUGUUAGAACAAAGUGCGAAGGAAAGGAGUGAGAGACGGAAAAAAGAGCUCGAGAAUACGGAAAAUUACAUGGAGGAUUGUGAUAGUGGUGAAACAACGCCGUCGCUGUCUGAAACUAUGCGACAGAAAACAUUUGCCAAUGCUGGGUUUGAUAUCAACUCUCCGGACUCUAAUGACAGCGGUAUACAGUCCGAUGCCCGCUCAGAUGAUGGGAUCUCAAACACCCAUAACUCUAUCAGCGAGGAUAUGUACGCAAUCACAAACAAGUCAUACCUGGCAAGAAAUGAUGAAAAAGAAGAUUCCGAGGAAGUUACGCCAACACAGACAGAUGAAGUUGAUGGGAAUGUGCCAGAUGGUGAGGAGACAGAAGUACUACCCCCAGGCUGGGAGAGAUGUGAAGAUGAAGAUGGUCCAUAUUUCUGGCACAUUAAGAGUGGUACAAUCCAGAGGGAGCCACCCUCACCAGCCCCACCUGAUAUGAAGGAAACAUUGCGGUCCAUAUCCAUCAAUAGUGAUUCCAGCACUGUGUCUGUAGAUUCCCUAGCCUCAACUCCGUCCAGUUCCAGCACGGAAGACCACUUGCACGAGUUUGAAGACCACGCCUUGCAAUAUGCUGUCAAAUCUCUCAAAAAUCUAUCCACGCUACAGAGGAACUCUAAGUAUGGCGAGAACAGCACAGAGAAACCAGUCAGGUAUGCUGUCGGCUCUCUGGGCUGGGUACCAAUAGCAGAAGAAGAUUUGACUCCCGAACGUAGCAACAAGGCUGUAAACAAGUGCAUCAUGGAUCUUACACUCGGCAGAAAUGAUAUUAAUGAUGUUGUGGGAAGAUGGGGAGAUGGUAAGGAUUUAUACAUGGACCUUGACAUGGAGAGUUUGAGGUUGAUAGAUACCCAGGAUAUGUCUGUACUCAACUAUCAGCCUAUACAUACCAUCCGGGUGUGGGGAGUAGGCAGGGAGAACGGCAGAGAUUUUGCAUAUGUUGCUCGUGACAAUUUGUCAAAGAACUACAUGUGUCAUGUGUUCCGAUGUGACACGCCUGCCCGUCACAUUGCCAAUACUCUUCGUGACAUCUGUAAGAAGAUCAUGAUGGAGCGCACACUGCAACAGAACGCGCUCAACCGGCUCACACGCCCAACAGACUUGCCAAACAUUGAACCCGCCACCACUCAAAGUAACGGAGAGAAAGUUACCUUCCAAAGUUUAUACACUAAUACAUCUUUCCCUACACCGAUGGAAGAACCUAAGAAAGUUCUGCGAUGUCAUUAUGUCGGUUCCGAUCUAGUUGGUAAACCCACAGGAAUGGAUGUAUUGAAUUCAGCAAUAGACAGGAUGGUUGAGAAAGUCCCGCCUGAGAAAUGGCGAUAUGUCGGUGUUGCAGUGGCGCCCUCUACCAUAACAAUAACAGAACAUGGGAAUCCUGACAAUAAGAUAGAAGAGUGUAGAGUGAGAUACUUGUCUUUCAUGGGAAUCAGUAUGACAAAUGUCAAAUUAUGUGCUUUCAUUGUGCACAAAGCAGAGGACAAAUUCUACGUUCAUGUAUUCCAUAGUGAUCCUAACGCCGGACCUUUAUGUAAAACUAUAGAAGCUGCCUGCAAGCUAAGAUAUCAGAAAUGUUUGGAUGCCCAGCAUCGUUACCUUGGAAAACAGAAAGAAAGAAAAAAUAGGCUUGAUGAAGAUGAUGAUGAUGAAACUCCCACUGAGCAGAAAUCUCUCAAGGAAAGUCUGAUCACCGUCCAAACAGAAGUCAAACAUGGUGUUCAGAAGGUGAGCAGUUCAGUCAAACCCGUUCUGAACACAGUACAGACUGGUAUGAAAAGCGGUGUUCAUUCAGUUAGUGCUGGGCUUAAAACUGGUGUUCAUGGCAUGCAGACUGGUGUAAAAGCUGGAGUUCAAAGUGUGUCUAAUUUAUGGACUGCUUUCCGUAACAGGAAGUCAGAGCAGCAGACGGACAAUAAUCAACAACAACAACAACAAAAACAGCUAGAGUCUUAACGUUUGUUGUAGUUAGUCUCUUUGAGUAUGGUCUCUAAACAUUAGAGUGUAAAGGCUGGCUUGAAGAAUAUGAUGACCACGUUGAAGUCUCCAACAAUUAUCCAGAAAAUCUUUACAGAUCGGGUCUGUGUUGGUGACAAGGAAGAUUAAAACUGAAACAUUAAGGUCAUUGACCUUGAAAGGUCAUGUGUAGGCCAUCCUUCAAGGUCAUCCUCCAAGGUCAUCCUCAUUGUGAUUUUUUUUUAACCUUUGGAGGGCGAUGUCAGACAUGUUUGUAAAGGUCAUUUACAGUGAUGAUCAACCUUCACAAAAUGUAGUGUAAGCACUUUUUUGGAAAGAAAUGACUCCUAUAAGAUGCAGAUAUAUUUGAGCAUGUAAACAAAUUGCUUUUGUAACUUUGUCAUUAUAUUGGUUUGCAAGCCAAAUUCCAUCCAGUCAUAUGUGACAUUUCAUAUCUGCUUUUAAAAAUCACCACUAGUUAAUGAAUAAAUUAUGGCUUGACUU